GAGCACAGGACAGGAAAAGUGGGAGGAGGAGGAGGAGGAGAAGAAGAAGGAGGGGGAGGAGGCGGCCUUGAGAGGAGAGAGGAGGGAAACGUGUCACCAGCCUGGCUCGGGGAGCUCCGCGGCCGCGGCGUUGGCAGACCCACGCUGGCGGAUGGGAGGCUGGACGGGACCCCGCAGAGGCCAGCGCUGCGCGGGGAGGGAGGAGGGAGAGCGGGGCAGAGCGCGGCGGGAGAGCCCUCCAGGUCCGUCGUUGCUCUCCAGUGAGAAAACUUUCUCGGGAAGACCGGAAACUUUGUCCUGGGCGCGCAGAGUCUCGGGCGGAGGCGAGCUGCGGGUGUGCGCCACUCGAGGGACUGGGGGCAGGAAUCCAGCCAGGGCUGUGAUGUGUGUGUGUGUUAUUCUGAACUGAGCUGCCUCAGACCCUGUUAAAACCUGCUUGUGACCUCAGCUGCGUAAAUCCUCAAUGGAAGCCCAUUAACGCUUGCUGUCUAAUUCCGCAUACUCCUUUGGAACUGGUUCACUGUCGUUCCCCAGAUGUCUUUGGGGGACACCACGUCAACUGGUGCCGUCAUUUCGGGGAAUUCUGCUGUGGUGUGCCAGCUGCCGGAGUCCCCCACUGUGGAGCUGCGUGACCCCUUUCACUGUAAAGUAUCUGGAGGCAAAAUUGGUGUUGGUUUUAAGAAAGCCUGAGCGCCAGAGGACAGCCCUGGGAGAAGCCCUUCCUGUGGGCACUUGGAACCUUCUGGUCCACAGGAGAAGGCGUCCCCUCACCUGGACUUAUGACCCGCGGCUUCGUCCCCAGUCUGCCUGCUGAGUUCCACAAGAUGGGCUCCUUCCGUAGGCCCAGGCCACGUUUCAUGAGCUCCCCGGUGCUCAGUGAUCUGCCCCGAUUCCAAGCAGCCCGGCAGGCUCUGCAGCUGAGCUCCAACUCAGCCUGGAACAGUGUCCAGACUGCCGUGAUCAAUGUCUUCAAAGGGGGCGGCUUGCAAAGCAAUGAGCUCUAUGCACUGAACGAAAGCAUCAGGAGGCUGCUGAAGAGUGAACUUGGAUCCUUCAUUACAGACUAUUUCCAGAACCAGCUUCUCGCAAAAGGCCUGUUGUUUGUGGAGGAGAAGAUUAAGCUGUGUGAAGGUGAAAAUCGCAUUGAGGUUCUGGCUGAAGUGUGGGACCACUUCUUCACUGAGACUCUCCCUACCCUGCAGGCAAUAUUUUAUCCAGUUCAGGGCCAGGAGCUGACCAUCCGCCAGAUCUCCCUGCUGGGCUUCCGUGACCUGGUCCUGCUCAAGGUGAAGCUGGGUGAUUUGCUGCUGCUGGCCCGGUCCCAGCCACCCUCGUCCAUUGUCCAGAUGUUGCUCGUCCUGCAGAGUGUUCACGAGCCCACAGGCCCGAGUGAGGGUUAUUUGCAGCUGGAGGAACUGGUGAAGCAAGUGGUAUCUCCUUUCCUGGGCAUCAGUGAGGACCGUGGCGUCUCGGGUCCCACAUACAUGUCAGCCAGACGCCACUCCAGGGUCCGGCCCAAGGUCGCGGUCCUGAGCUACGCCUGCCCGACGACCGCCCUCAGCCGGCCCCUGAAUGAGACGGCUCUGACCCCUCUGACGGAGCAGGAGGGGGAGGCCUACCUGGAGAAGUGUGGCAGCGUCCGGCGGCACACGGUGGCCAACGCCCACUCGGACAUCCAGCUGCUGGCGAUGGCCACCAUGAUGCACUCGGGCCUGGGCGAGGAGCCUGGCAGUGAGGACAAGUGCCUGCUCCUGCCGCCCAGCUUCUCGCCGCCGCACCGACAGUGCUCCAGUGAGCCCAACAUCACCGACAGCCCCGACGUCCUGGAGCAGGUGACUGUGGGCAGCCAGGAGGACUCCGAGCUGAACUGUGCUUCCCUCAGUUGAAUGCCCACCCCGGGGACUUCCCAGCUCCGGCCUGGCCACCGGCGUGAGGACGGCUCCAUCCCUCGGGGGGGCGGGGGGCUCACCAAGGGGCUCCUCCUAGAGGCCUAGUCCAAGUGCCCCCCGCCGUUGUGAACCUCUCCAUUUUCGUGACUGUGACCCCUUCUUUGCAGCCACACAGACCCAGCUGCCUGAUGCUCACUUUCUGCUUGCUUGACUCCGGAUCCUCCUCUGGGCUUUUCCCCCAGAUUAGUGCUGUCUGACGCUGACGCUCCCAGCCAUAUAGCCCAGGGCCCCUGGCAUGAUGCUAGUGGGAGGUCUGCUGAGCCACACAGGAAGCCGGCAAGGAUGCGCUGGCCUCCGGAGUUCCCCUGCAGGUUCUUGUGAUGUGGGGCUCCCAGGUGAAAAGACGUAGGACAGCGGCACCUCCUCCCUUGUUCUGGGUGGAUGGAGCGAAUGCAGGCAGCAGCCCCUGCCAAGCAUGACGCUGGGGAGCGUGCCUUCCUUCUGUUACUUUCCGAAUCCCAAGAGAGAACUGUCCCCCCCCCACCCCUCGCGGAUGAGGGUCAUUCUCACCUGUAUAUGGCUGGAGAAACCCCUCUCUGACGAAGCGAGGCCUCAGCACUCCCCUCUCCGCCCUCCUCCCAGGCUCAAGGAACUAACCUUCCUGGUGGAGUAGCUGGUGCCUUCGUUCCUCUCUCAUUUCAGAAACUGACCAUUUUCCUGUUGUGGGUGCGGGGCCAGCGGAUGCCAGCCAAGUAGUCUGUUCCUGGAUUUGACUUGAAUUUUUUAAAUGUGCAUCGUUUCAAAAAAAAAAAAUUGUUUGCAAGUAUUUGCACGUAGGAUCUUGCACUGCUCAUUUCUGGGGUGGGGUGUGUGUCUUCAAACUAGAAAAUAAACAGCCCCCCCUUAGGAAAGGAGCCUGGAAGUGGUUCAGGGUGCAGGUGAUCCGUGGUGGGCAGGGCUCAGUAGCUGCGGAGCGCUGGAAGCGGCUGGACUUGAUCCAGAAUGGCCUGUGUUUGUGAGCGUCACGGCCUAUAGCACUGAGAUAGGGAGACUCAGUUUGCCUCAAGAGCAGAGGGUCGUAGCAAAUGGAAUGUCUCAGUGCUUUACAGUAGGGGAAGAUGGGGGAAAUGUGGGCAGGACUUUUUGGAGAGAUGUUCAUUCCCUGUGACUAAAGAAGUGCCUGGAAUUUCUAACACCUGAGCUCUCAAAAUGCUGUUUGGGGCGGCAGUCUUUGGUACUGUGCUGAAUCCUUAACACUGCUCCCUCCAGGUCUGGGCUUUGUAUCCACCUGGAACCCCUGUUCUCUUUGUAUUUGCCUGUUGGCCCCACUGAUAACAGCUCCAGAAAAAAAGAGAAGGCUCUCUUGAAUCUUUCUGGUACCUUGUAGGUGUCCUGUUAGUCUUUGGAAACUGUUAAUGAGACAUGAGCCAGCUUGGCUUCCAAUAUGGCAGGAGGUGGCUGGGAGAGGAGGAGGACAGUGUGAGCUGCCAGCAGGGAAGAGGCCUUCUAAGCAUAUCUAAGCCUUGACGGCACGUUCCCUUCUGGGUGAAGAUCUGGAAUAUGACCAGAGUCAUGCUUUGGAUGGCUUGUACUUUGGAAAGUUUGUUUAAAACGUUGUCUCGUUUUUAUUCUUCUAAGAGAAUGUGGAAGAGAAAUGGCCAAAGGAGAUCUUCGGGGAAUUUCAAACAAAAAAUAAUCUCUGUGUAUGUGUUGGAUGAAGUCCACAAAUUGACUAACGUGCAUUAGCAAUAGAACGUAAGUAAGUAACAACAUGGUGAUUUAUAUGACUGAUGGUGUCCGUCCUUACUGGUACACUUAGCACUUGGGACUAGUAUUUAUUGAUCCAGGCAAAGUCAUUAAUCAUGCUUGGGUUUGCUUUUUUAGUUUACAACAUCAAUGAUAUAUAUGCUUUUAAAUGCCUCGUCCAUAUACUAAAUGCCCCUGAUGAGGACAGCGGCCAUCGGUUAAACAUGUGAGCUCUUAGUGUCAGUGUAGACCCAGUAUCCUUAGUUGCUGAUGACUGUUAGCCAGUUUACGGCUUCACCUUCGAUGUCUGUGCCUGAUACUGUGCAGUGGAUAUUUCAGACUGUACAGAGAAAAUUUUGUUGAUGUUUAUGGGCAUUUUAGCCGUCAGAGCUGUUGCCAGAGUGACGGCGGUAGUGUUUGCAAGCACUUUUUCUCCCCUUUAUGAGAUGAAGCUAGGAUCUUCUGGUGGCUGCGUUUUAAUUGACAGGAAGCUAUCACGACUCCAAGCUCUGGGUGAGCUCACAAACCAAAAACCUUUCAUGUUGUCUGUUUCCAAAAUAGAUUCAAUAAACAUCAUUUUGUACACGUCA